AGAGAUAAAGAAAUAAACAGGAGACGUGGGCUUUUCAAAUAAACAGGGAGUGAUGUAGAGUUGAAAGUGCGAUGCGUGCGACAUAUACUACAGACUGCAUUACACAGGGUUAAAAAAUGGUUUGUCAGUAUUAGACUGAAAUAGUCAGGGAACCGGAGAGAGCGGGGAGUGGCAACAACUGUCAGGCUCGGGGCAAUAGACAAAGGAGAGAAACUUGACAGGUAAAUCUACUUCAGAGAAUCUGUGACAGAGAGUGUAUUUUUUGCGUGCCUGAGUUGUUGGGUUAGUCAGGUCAGGGAGUAUCUGCUGGGGAGAGACACACGGUGUGGGAGGAGACUGCAGAAAAAGCUCAAGAUUACCAGGAAGGGAAGAACCAGAGAGAGCUACAGCCUCCAGCACCGAGAGACCACCGACUAACCCUGCAAAGCUCUAACCCCACUGGAAACAAAUAUCUCCUGCUCUUUUGAAAAUGUCUGAAGAAGAGAUUGUCCCGGUUUAUGCCACUGGCAUCUCUGCGCAGCUACAGAAACAAAGGGAACAUGAACUGGGGAUAGGAAAGCAUGAUAAUGCAAUUAAGUUUCUGGGUCAAGACUUCCAUCAAAUUCAGCAGGAGUGUUUGCAAAAUGGUACUCUGUUCAAGGACGACACAUUCCCUCCAACAGCUUACUCCCUGGGAUUCAAGGAGUUGGGUCCUAAUUCAUCAAAAACCUAUGGAGUUAAAUGGGUCCGGCCUACGCAACUUGUCUCAAAUCCACAGUUUAUUGUUGAUGGAGCAACAAGGACGGACAUCUGUCAGGGCGCUCUGGGCGACUGCUGGCUCCUUGCAGCUAUUGCCUCUCUCACAUUGAAUGAGACUAUCCUGCACCGUGUGGUCCCUCAUGGUCAGAGCUUCCAGGAGAAUUAUGCAGGGGUCUUCCAUUUCCAGCUGUGGCAGUUUGGUGAGUGGGUGGACGUUGUUGUUGACGACCUGCUGCCUGUCAAAGAUGGGAAACUCGUCUUUGUGCACUCAGCUGCUGGGAAUGAAUUCUGGAGUGCACUACUGGAGAAGGCUUAUGCUAAAGCUAAUGGUAGUUAUGAAGCUCUUUCUGGAGGAAGCACAUCUGAAGGCUUUGAAGACUUCACCGGUGGAGUUACAGAGUGGUAUGAGCUUAAGAAAGCACCCUCAGAUCUCUACAGCAUCAUCUUGAAGGCUCUGGAAAGGGGGUCCCUAAUGGGUUGCUCCAUUGAUAUCACCAGUGCCACUGACAUGGAAGCCGUAACGUUCAAGAAGCUGGUCAAAGGGCAUGCAUACUCUGUGACCGGAGCCAGUGAGGUCAACUACAGAGGGCAGACUACAAAGCUGAUUCGGAUGAGGAACCCAUGGGGAGAAGUAGAGUGGACAGGUGCUUGGAGUGACAGUUCAUCUGAAUGGAAUAAUGUGGAUCCAUCUCAAAGAGAAAAAUUGAUGUCUAAGAUGGAGGAUGGUGAAUUUUGGAUGGCUUUUCAGGAGUUCCUACGUGAAUUUUCCCGUCUUGAGAUCUGCAAUCUUACACCCGACGCUCUCACUGCCCGUAGAUAUCGCAAAUGGAACACAACUCUUUAUACUGGGUCUUGGCGGAAGGGAAGUACAGCUGGAGGUUGCCGAAACUAUCCUGCUACAUUCUGGAUUAACCCACAGUUCAAGAUAAAGCUCGAGGAGGAGGAUGAUAAUGAUGACUAUGGCUCUGAAACAGGUUGUACUUUUCUCCUUGCUCUCAUGCAAAAGAACCGGCGCAAGGAGAGGCGCUUUGGAAAAGACAUGGAAACCGUUGGCUUUGCUGUAUAUGAGGUUCCUCGAGAGUUUUUAGGACAAUCAGCCGUGCACUUGAAGCGUGACUUCUUCCUCACAAACUCAUCUCGAGCCCGCUCUGAACAGUUCAUUAACUUGAGGGAAGUCAGCACCCGACACAAGCUUCCCCCUGGGGAAUACAUUGUGGUACCAUCCACCUUUGAACCUAAUGUUGAGGGUGACUUUGUUUUAAGAUUCUUCUCUGAAAAUCGACAUGGAGCUGUGGAGAUGGAUGAUGACAUAUCUGCCAACUUACCUACCGAGGAAGCAUUAUCUGAAGAUCAACUUGAUGACGCAUUUAAAAACCUUUUCAAGCAGCUUGCUGGUGCGGAUAUGGAAAUUAGCGUUCAGGAAUUACAAGCCAUAUUAAACAAAAUAGUUUCUAAACAUAAAGAUCUCCGUACUAAAGGAUUCAGUUUAGAGUCGUGCCGCAGUAUGGUGAAUUUAAUGGAUAAAGAUGGGAAUGGGAAAUUAGGAAUACUGGAAUUCAAUGUCCUGUGGAAUAAAAUUAAGAAUUAUCUGACAAUUUUCAGAAAGUUUGACAUGGACAAAUCUGGAAGCAUGAGUGCUUAUGAGAUGCGUUUGGCUGUGGAGUUUGCGGGCUUUAAGCUGAGCAACGGACUCCACCAGCUACUCAUAACCAGAUAUGCAGAACCCGAUUUGGCUGUGGAUUUUGAUAACUUCACAUGUUGUCUGAUUAGGCUGGAGACUAUGUUCAGGUUUUUCCAAGGUAUGGAUACAGACAAGGAUGGAGUCAUCAACUUUAACCUGUUUACAUGGCUUCAGAUGACCAUGUUUGCGUAGUGAAACCUCCCUUAUACUUGAGCUGUAUCUUACAUCGCCCCUAUAAUCAAUCGCGAGUGCCUUCGAUUACCUGCUGCUGUGCCAAAAGAAAUACCUUGAGAAUGUCUCUCUGCCCUACCACUCCGUUGUAUACUGUAUUGUGGUUACACUCCUUAAUGGCUGUCUGCCCGUUGGUCCUCUUCUUUCAGUCUAAUAUACACAAAAAUACCCUUCUCUCAGCAUUUUUUGUGAUUAAAAUACAGCAACAUUUUUGCUUGAUCUGAUCACGGAUAUAUUUAGCUAUUUGGCUUUUCCUAAGUGCUUUAGGAUGUCUUCAUCAUGCUUAUUGCCAGAUAUAUUUGGUUACACUUUAUUGGCCUUUCUUUUUGUACUAGGUUUUAAAUGCCAAAAUUAUGUUGAGCAUUAUGUACUGAAAAUAUAGUCAAAAACCUGCACUGUCAAAUUUGUAUAUUAAAUAUGGGGAUUUUCUUGCAUAUUACUUGUUGCAUUUGUCCGAAAUACAUAUUUUUUCUAUAUCUUACAAAA